CUACUUACUUAUCUCCUGCUCCCCAACUCUCAAAUCCUAUCGUAUCCCGAGUCCUCCUCCACAGAGCUACUACCCCCCUCCACCGCUCAUCAUGUCCAAUUCCACCCCAGCCCAAGACAACAGCAACAACAAGGCUGAAGCUUCGCAACAGCCCCAACAACAAAAGCCCACCGUGCUAGAGGAGGAUGACGAAUUUGAGGAUUUCCCUGUUGAUGACUGGACCCAAGAAGAAACCGAGCAAGCGUCUGGAUCGGCCGCCAACGGGAACAAUGUGCAUUUGUGGGAAGAGAGCUGGGACGAUGAUGAUGCCGCUGAGGAUUUCUCAAAGCAGUUAAAAGAGGAACUCAAAAAAGUCGAAGCUUCCCACUAAUACCUACCUCCCUACUUAUCUCCGAAAUACCAUAAAAUACCCACUCGAAAUCACAAUACAAUACUUAAUAUCCCGGUUCACAUUCAUCUCUAAACAAUCAAGCAAAGCAAGCAAAGCAAUCAGUAAUCGGUGAAUGGAAGAGAAUAUACACAUACCCU